UUUGACCUUCCGAGUGGAUUCCCACUAACUAACUACUCUUGUGUAAUUAGAUAAAGUGAAUUAAAGUUAGUUUGAGUUUAUUUAUAGCAGAUAAGUUUAACUGCUCAUAAACUUUAUAAGUAAUAAACAGUAACGUCGCUGUUGGAGAGCUAACUGUAGCUAGCUGUUAGCAUCGCGGUCAGUUGAUCACCUGAGGCUGUGGUAGUCUACAGGUGUGUCUACAGGUAGUCUACAGGUGUGUCUACAGGUAGUCUACAGGUGUGUCUACAGGUAGUCUACAGGUGUGUCUACAGGUAGUCUACAGGUAGUCUACAGGUGUGUCUACAGGUGUGUCCGGACGGCAGUAAAGCAGGAUGAGCGACAGGAAGCAGAUGAAUUCAUCCAGACCAGAGCAGUUCUACCUGAGGAGCACCUCAGCACUGUCCCUGAAUGAGCGCUUCUCUCAGGUGCUGGUAGACCCUCUGACCUGCUCCAGGACGGUGACCUUUGACCCCGUCCUGCUGCAGCAGAGGAGGAGGAUGUGCAAUGCUGCGUCCGUGGUCCUGCUGGUGAAGAGAGAGACGUCCUGGCUGCCCGCGCUACAGACUGCUGAUCCGUCUGUGAGGGCAGGGCAGCGCCGGAGGAGGAGCGUCUGGACUCGACUCGGCUGGCGGCGGGCGACUCAGCGACCCCAAGGCUUCUGGAGCUUCAGGAACAAAUACAGAUGGAGAGCAGGGUUCACCUCCACCGCCAGUAGACGAGGGAACCUGCUCAGUCUGCGUCAGCGGGGCGUCCUAAUGAAGAGGAACAUCCAGAAAGUGACAGCAGGACAAACACAACUCAGUCUGCACCUGCAGAGGGGCGGGGCCACUGCCUCCAGGGGGCGGGGCCAGAGCAAAGACAACGUACCAACCAGGAAGCAGCUGGACGCACAGCUGGAUGAGUACAUGUCCAUGUCCAAGAGCAGGUUGGACAAACAGCUGGACGACUACAUGUCCAUGUCCAAGAGCCGCCUGGACGCUCAGCUGGAUGAGUACAUGUCGAUGGCCGGACAGACAGACCUGGACUGGGUCUGAGAGAGACCGGCUCCCAGUCAGUGACUGAAGCUUAGGUUGACAGUUAUUGACAGUUACUGACUGUUUUUGACAGU